AUGGAAAAUAGUUCACCGAGUGCAUAUAUUAGUAGUAUUACCCGUAAACCUGUCCUUGUCAAGCUGAACAAUGGAUCUGAUUUUACGGGAACUCUGGCUAGUCUAGAUGAGAGAAUGAACCUAGCAAUGGAGAACACUUGUGAAUAUCUCGACGGAGUUUUGGUAAAAUCUUACGGGGACGCGUUUAUCAGGGGCAAUAACGGUAUUUUUAAAUUAUAUAUCAACUUUUGA